AUGCCCUCGCAAGAUCAAGAUCAAUUGCGCGUCCUCAUCGUCGGCAACGGCGGCCGCGAACAUGCCCUCGCCUGGAAACUGAGUCAGUCGCCCCGCGUCGACGCCGUCUACGUCGCUCCCGGAAACGGUGGCACCGGUCUGGGUGACAAUGGCAAGAUCGCCAGUGCCGAUGUCAAGGGCGAUGAUUAUCCGGGUCUGGUGAAGUUUGCGCAGCAGAAUGGUGUUAAUCUGGUGGUGCCUGGUCCCGAGGCGCCGCUUGUGGAGGGUAUUCAGGGUUAUUUCCAGGCUGUCGGCAUUCGUUGCUUCGGUCCCUCCAAGGCCGCCGCCCGCAUGGAAGGCUCCAAGACUUUCUCCAAGGAUUUCAUGAAACGUCACAAUAUCCCCACCGCCGUCUAUGAGAACUUCUCCGAGUACGAACCCGCCCGCCAGUACCUCGACUCGGUCUCCCACAACGUCGUCAUCAAGGCCGACGGUCUCGCCGGCGGCAAGGGCGUCAUCAUCCCCGCCACCAAGGAGGAGGCCCACCAGGCCCUCCGCGAGAUGAUGCUCGACCACCAGUUCGGCGCCGCCGGCAACGAGGUCGUCAUCGAGGAGUACCUCGAGGGCGACGAGCUGAGCGUCCUCACCUUCAGCGACGGCUACACCAUCCGCUCCCUGCCCCCCGCCCAGGACCACAAGCGCAUCUUCGACGGCGACCAGGGCCCCAACACCGGCGGCAUGGGCUGCUACGCGCCGACCCCGAUCUCCUCCCCGGAGAUCCUCGCCGAGAUCGACCGCACCAUCGUCCAGCCCUCCGUCGACGGCAUGCGCCGCGACGGCUUCCCCUUCGUCGGCAUCCUCUUCACCGGCCUGAUGAUGACCCGCAACGGGCCCAAGGUCCUCGAGUACAACGUCCGCGGCGGCGACCCCGAGACCCAGACCCUGCUGCCCCUGCUCACGGACGACACCGAUCUCGCCGAGAUCAUGGUCGCCUGUACCGAGCACUGGCUCGACGGUGUCACCAUCCGCGUCAAGCCCGACUUCUCCACCACCGUCGUCGCCGUCGCCGGCGGCUACCCCAACGCCUACGCCAAGGGCCAGCCCAUCACCCUCGACGCGGCCCCGGCGGACACCCUCAUCUUCCACGCGGGCACCAGCCUCGCCGGCGGCCAGCUCCAAACCGCCGGCGGCCGUGUCAUCGCAGCGACCGCCACAGCCACCAGCCUCGAAGAGGCCGUCCGCCGCAGCUACGCCGGCAUCGCCACGAUCCACUUCGACGGCAUGUUCUACCGCAAAGACAUCGCCCACCGCGCCUUCCGCCAACGCGACGCCGCCGCCGCCGCCUCCUCCUCCUCCCUUACCUACGCCGCCGCGGGCGUCUCCAUCGACGCAGGCAACGACCUCGUCCAACAGAUCAAAUCCUCCGUCUCCCAGACCAAACGCCCCGGCACCGACGCCGUCAUCGGCGGCUUCGGCGGCCUCUUCUCCCUCGCAGCCGCCAACAAAACCUACCACCCGCACUCGCCCACCCUCAUCGGCGCCAUCGACGGCGUCGGCACCAAGCUCAAGGUCGCCCACGCAGUCGGCAUCCACAACACAGUCGGCAUCGACCUCGUCGCCAUGAACGUCAACGACCUCGUCGUCCAAGGCGCCGAGCCCCUCUUCUUCCUCGACUGCUACUCCUGCGGCAAGCUCGACGUCCCCACCGCCGCGGCCUUCGUCAAGGGCGUCGCAACCGGCUGCGUCCAAGCCGGCUGCGCCCUCAUCGGCGGCGAAACCGCCGAAAUGCCGGGCCUCUUCACAGACGACGCCUACGACGCCGUCGGCGCCGCCGUCGGCGCCAUCAACACCUCCGGCGACCACGCCCGCCCCAUCCUCCCCAACACCGCCGCCAUGCAACCCGGCGACGUCCUCCUCGCACUCGCCUCCUCCGGCCCCCACUCCAACGGCUACUCCCUCGUCCGCAAGAUCGUCGACCGCUCCGGCCUCUCCUACACCGACCCCUCCCCCUUCCCCAUGCCCUCCGCCCCUCAAAACCAACCCCAGACCCUCGGCGCCGCCCUCCUAACCCCCACCAAAAUCUACGUCAAACCCCUCCUCAAAGCCCUCUCCGCCCCCGCCCCCACCUCCUCCCAGAUCAAAGGCCUCGCCCACAUCACCGGCGGCGGCCUCACGGACAACGUCCCCCGCAUGCUGCCCGCUCACCUCGCAGCCCACAUCGACGUCACCGCCUGGUCUCUGCCCCCGGUAUUCAAAUGGCUCAAGCAGACCGGUAACGUCUCCGCUACCGAGAUGGCCCGCGCGUUCAACUGCGGCGUGGGUAUGCUUAUCGCUGUUGGUGCCGAUGCGGCCGAUGCCGUCAAGGACCUUCUCCAGGCGGAGGGCGAGGCGGUCUAUGUCAUUGGCACGUUGGAGGCGAAGAAGGGUGAUGAGCAAGACAAGGAAGGGUGUGUGUUGAGUGGGUUGGAGAGCUGGGAUUGA